CCCACCACAAGAGAUCCCUGGUUUAAUGAUGUGUGUUGCUUUUGUGAUUAGACUUUGAAGAAUGAGUGGACCUCAGAACGGGCUCUCUUUUACUGGCAUGGAGUCAAUACAAAGCAAGGAGGACAGAGCAAGAAGACGGAUAUUAUGGUUGAUAACAUUGUUCUUUGGAGAAGUGACUGUGAAACAGUUAGGAAAUGGAUGGCACACUCUCUGACUGAGACUGACUUGAGCAGGGCUUUUUCUAAACGGAGUGAAACAUUGGAGCGCAAGAGGAAACCUACAUCUUUUGUAAGAGCUGAGCUGAGCCCCCAGGGCUGUGUGGGGGCCGAGGAGGUGCAGAGCAGAGGAGAGAGCUGUUCCGGAGGGUGUACGACCGAGCCCUAGGGGCCAGCAGAGAUGAGCUACAAGCCGGGCAGCAAAUAGCCUGUUACGUCUGAAUUGAGCAUUUCCAAAUGAGGAAGCCUCGUGGUUGAGACUGGAGAUGCUUGUAUUGUGUCCAGCGUGAACUCUGUCUCCCUUCCCAGCCAGCUCUCCACCGCCUGUAUUCACCAUGGUGUUUGGUGAGAUUUUCCAUCGCCCUGGACAAGACAAGGAACUUGUCAACUUGAACGUGGGGGGCUUUAAACAGUCCAUCGACCAGAGCACCCUCCUGCGCUUUCCUCACACCAGACUCGGGAAGCUGCUCAGCUGCCACUCGGAAGAGGCCAUCCUGGAACUGUGUGAUGACUACAGCGUGGCCGAUAAAGAGUACUAUUUUGAUCGGAACCCCUCCCUGUUCAGAUACGUUUUGAACUUUUAUUACACCGGGAAGCUGCACGUCAUGGAGGAGCUGUGCGUGUUCUCGUUCUGCCAGGAGAUCGAGUACUGGGGCAUCAACGAGCUCUUCCUCGAUUCCUGCUGCAGUAAUCGCUACCAGGAGCGCAAGGAGGAAAACCACGAGAAGGACUGGGACCAGAAAAGCAAUGAUGUGAGUACCGACUCCUCGUUCGAAGAGUCGUCUCUGUUCGAGAAGGAGCUGGAGAAGUUUGACAAGCUGCGAUUCGGUCAGCUCCGGAAGAAGAUCUGGAUUCGCACGGAAAACCCAGCCUAUUGCCUGUCGGCCAAGCUCAUCGCCGUCUCCUCCCUGAGCGUGGUGCUGGCCUCCAUCGUGGCCAUGUGCGUCCACAGCAUGUCGGAGUUCCAGAACGAGGACGGGGAAGUGGACGACCCCGUGCUGGAAGGCGUCGAGAUCGCGUGCAUCGCUUGGUUCACCGUCGAGCUGGCCAUCCGGCUGGUUGCCGCUCCCUGUCAAAAGAAAUUCUGGAAGAACCCUCUGAACAUAAUCGACUUCGUCUCCAUUAUUCCCUUUUAUGCCACGUUGGCUGUAGACACCAAGAAGGAAGAGAGUGAGGACAUUGAAAACAUGGGCAAGGUGGUCCAGAUCCUCAGGCUUAUGAGGAUUUUCCGCAUCCUCAAGCUUGCCCGGCACUCGGUAGGGCUUCGGUCUCUUGGUGCCACCCUGAGGCAUAGCUACCACGAAGUUGGGCUGCUGCUUCUCUUCCUGUCGGUGGGCAUUUCCAUCUUUUCUGUGCUUAUCUACUCCGUGGAGAAGGAUGACCACACGUCCAGCCUCACCAGCAUCCCUGUCUGCUGGUGGUGGGCCACCAUCAGCAUGACCACCGUGGGCUAUGGAGACACCCACCCGGUCACCUUGGCUGGGAAGCUUAUCGCCAGCACGUGCAUCAUCUGUGGGAUCUUGGUGGUGGCCCUUCCCAUCACCAUUAUCUUCAACAAGUUUUCCAAGUACUACCAGAAGCAAAAGGACAUUGAUGUGGACCAGUGUAGUGAGGACCCACCAGAGAAGUGUCAUGAGCUCCCUUACUUUAACAUUAGGGACAUUUAUGCCCAGCGGAUGCAUGCCUUCAUCACCAGUCUCUCUUCUGUGGGCAUCGUGGUGAGUGACCCCGAUGCCACAGAUGCUUCAAGCAUUGAAGACAACGAGGGUGUUUAUAACAUGGCAUCCUUGGAGAACUGCACAGCAAAAUGAGCAGGGACGUUUGUGCCUGUACCUCGAGUCCCUUACCGAUGUUAGGUUAACACAGCUUUAUAAACCUCCGUGGGUUUGUUCAAAUCAUUUAAUUCUCAGGGUGUACUUUUCAGCCAUAGUUGGACAUUUCAUUGCUCUGAAAUGAUAGAAACGUCUUUAUUUUUUUCAGUGAGGUGAAUUAAAUGCCUUGCUCUGAAAUUUAUUCUUUACAAGAGAGAGUUGUGAUAUGAUUUUUGAAAAACAAAAGGUAGAUGGUAUUGGGUGGGAUUUCUUGCUACGGCUUAUGUAUCAUUCUGUGUUUAUCAUUUACUCACAUUGAGCUAACUGUCAAUUACUGACAAGUAGAAUCGAAGGCCCAGCUGACUGAAGCCUACAAACAUGUAAGAUCCACAACAUGAGACAAUGCAUGUCAGUCCAUGUUCACGUUCUAAACAUGGACGUUAGGAGCCUA